AUGGGAGGCAAUCUCCCACAAAAUCGAAAAGGCAGUAAGUGCGGUUGCAGCAGCAGCAGCAGCAACAGCAACAGCAGCAACAACAGAAAGAGCAGCAGCAGCAGCGACAGCAGCAGCAGCAACAGCAGCAGCAGCAACGAGAGCGGCAAUAGCAGCAAUAGCAGCAGCAAAAACAGCAGGAGUAGCAGCAACAGCAGCAGCAAGACAAAAGGAACCGCGGGUUAUAACAUUGGCGUUCGUUUGGUGGAUGAGUUUUUGUCUAAGACAAAUAUUGGGGCCUGCGAGAGCUUCAGGGAAACAGCUGAAGUCAUUGCGAAGGUUUUAUCGUCGCCUAACGAUGAAAGAAGCUGCACUUUUGUUUUUUCAUCAAAUCCCCUGGCAGACUUUGUUGAAUUGCCUCCUUCUCUGGCUUCUCUUUCUUAUUCAAACCUCAUUUGCGGGGUUAUUAAAGGAGCCCUAGAACAGCUGAUGAAGGAGGAGUUCCAGGACGACGACGAUGCGUAG